CCCCUCGACAGCUCUCCGGGCAGUAGAAACUACAUUUCCCCGAAAGCUUUGCAGUGCGCAGGCGCAUCAAUGAGGUACUGCAACGUCCCGGACCCUAUAGUUUCCAGGACGUCUCGCCGCGCGCAUGCGCAGAAACACUGGGCACAGGGGGCGGUAACCGCAGUAAGUCCCGCUUGGCCCUGGAGUCCACGCGGAUUUUCGAAGCUGGGGCUGGCAAGAGGCCGCUGGACACCACGCUCCAGUCGUCAGCCACUUCCUAGCUGAACAGCGCGAGGCGGCGGCAGCGAGCUGGGUCCCACCAUGGCGGCGAAUUAUUCCAGUACCAGUACCCGGAGAGAACAUGUCAAAGUUAAAACCGGCUCCCAGCCAGGCUUCCUGGAGCGGCUGAGCGAGACCUGGGGUGGGAUGUUUGUGGGGCUCAUGGCCUUCCUGCUCUCCUUCUACCUAAUUUUCACCAAUGAGGGCCGCGCUUUGAAGACGGCAACCUCAUUGGCUGAGGGGCUCUCGCUUGUGGUGUCCCCCGACAGCAUCCACAGUGUGGCUCCGGAGAAUGAAGGAAGGCUGGUGCACAUCAUUGGCGCCUUGCGGACAUCCAAGCUUUUGUCUGAUCCAAACUAUGGGGUCCAUCUUCCUGCUGUGAAACUGCGGAGGCACGUGGAGAUGUACCAAUGGGUGGAAACUGAGGAGUCCAGGGAGUACACCGAGGAUGAGCAGGUGAAGAAGGAGACGAGGUACUCCUACAACACCGAAUGGAGGUCAGAAAUCAUCAACAGCAAAAACUUCGACCGAGAGAUUGGCCACAAAAACCCCAGUGCCAUGGCAGUGGAGUCAUUCACGGCAACAGCCCCCUUUGUCCAAAUUGGCAGGUUUUUCCUCUCGUCAGGCCUCAUCGACAAAGUCGACAACUUCAAGUCCCUGAGCCUGUCCAAGCUGGAGGACCCUCAUGUGGACAUCAUUCGCCGUGGAGACUUUUUCUACCACAGCGAAAAUCCCAAGUAUCCAGAGGUGGGAGACUUGCGCGUCUCCUUUUCCUAUGCUGGACUGAGUGGUGAUGACCCUGACCUGGGCCCAGCUCACGUGGUCACUGUGAUUGCCCGGCAGCGGGGUGACCAGCUAGUCCCAUUCUCCACCAAGUCUGGGGAUACCUUACUGCUCCUGCACCACGGGGACUUCUCAGCAGAGGAGGUGUUUCAUAGAGAACUAAGGAGCAACUCCAUGAAGACCUGGGGCCUGCGGGCAGCCGGCUGGAUGGCCAUGUUCAUGGGCCUCAACCUUAUGACACGGAUCCUCUACACCUUGGUGGACUGGUUUCCUGUUUUCCGAGACCUGGUCAACAUUGGCCUGAAAGCCUUUGCCUUCUGCGUGGCCACCUCGCUGACCCUGCUGACCGUGGCGGCUGGCUGGCUCUUCUACCGACCCCUGUGGGCCCUCCUCAUUGCCGGCCUGGCCCUUGUGCCCAUCCUUGUUGCUCGGACACGGGUGCCAGCCAAAAAGUUGGAGUGAAAAGACCCUGGCACCCGCCCGACACCUGCGUGAGCCCUAGGAUCCAGGUCAUCCCUCACCUCUGACCCAGCUCCAUGCCAGAGCAGGAGCCCUGGUCGGUUUUGGACUCUGCACCCGCUCUCCUCUUCAGGGGCCAGACUUGGUAGCAUGUGCACCAGGUUGGUGUUCACCAGCUCAUGUCUUCCCCACACUUCUUGCCAGUAAGCAGCUUUGGUGGGCAGCAGCAGCUCAUGAAUGGCAAGCUGACAGCUUCUCCUGCUGUUUCCUUCCUCUCUUGGACUGAGUGGGUAUGGCCAGCCACUCAGCCCAUUGGCAGCUGACGACGCAGACACGCUCUACGGAGGCCUGCUGAUAAAGGGCUCAGCCUUGCUGUGUGCUGCUUCUCAUCACUGCACACAAGUGCCAUGCUUUGCCACCACCACCAAGCACAUCUGUGAUCCUGAAGGGCAGCCGUUAGUCAUUACUGCUGAGUCCUGGUCACCAGCAGACACACUGGGCAUGGACCCCACAAAGCAGGCACACCCAAAACACAGUCUGUGGCUAGAACCUGAUUUGGUGUUUAAAAGAGAAGAAACACUGAAGAUGUCCUGAGGAGAAAAGCUGGACAUAUAUUGGGCUUCACACUUAUCUUAUGGCUUGGCAGAAUCUUUGUAGUGUGUGGGAUCUCUGAAGGCCCUAUUUAAGUUUUUCUUCAUUACUUUGCUGCUUCAUGUGUACUUUCCUACCCCAAGAGGAAGUUUUCUGAAAUAAGAUUUAAAAACAAAAAACAAAACAAAACACUUGAAUGAUUAAUAUUUCAGACUGUUACAGGAGCACCCUUUAGUCUGUCAAUUGAAUUCAGAGCACUGAAAGGUGUUAAAUUGGGGUAUGUGGUUUGACUGAUAAAAAGUUUCAGUAUUUUGUGUCACUGAGAAGCUUUAUAAUGGAUGCAUUUGAAACAAGUAUCAGCAAAAGGAUUUGUUUUCACUCUGGGAGGAGAGGGUGGAGAAAGCACUUGCUUUCAUCCUCUGGCAUCAGAAACUCCCCUAUGCACUUGAAGAUGGUUUAAAAGAUUAAAGAAACGAUUAAGAGAAAAGGUUGGAAGCUUUAUACUAAAUGGGCUCCUUCAUGGUGACCCCCCGUCAACCACAAUCAAGAACUGAGGCCUGAGGCUUGCUGUACAAUGCCCACGCCUGCCUGGCUGCUUUCACCCGGGAGUGCUUUCGAUGUGGGCACCUGGGCCUCCUAGGACUGCUUCUGAGUGGUUCUUUCACGUGUUGUGUCCAUAGCUUUAGUCCUCCUAAAUAAGAUCCACCCACACCUAAGUCACAGAAUUUCUAAGUUCCCCAACUACUCUCACACCCUUUUAAAGAUAAAGUAUGUUGUAACCAGGAUGUCUUAAAUGAUACUUUGUGUACCUUUUCUGUCAUAUUCAGAAACCGUUUUUGUCUGCUGGGAGUAAUUCCUUUAGCAAGUAAGUAUUUGGUAGCUGAAUAAGGGGUCAGAACUUCUGAAACCAGUGAUCUGUAAUCAUCUAUCUCUAUUGGCCUGGGGUGCCUGUGCUAUAAAUGAGUUUCUUCACACGAAAAACACAGCCAGCCCAAGAUGACUUAUCUGGGUUUAGGAUUCAAUAGUAUUCACUAACUGCUUAUUACAUGAGCAAUUUCAUCAAAUCUCCAAACUCUUAAAGGAUGCUUUCGGAAAACACGCAGUAUGGAAAACACGCAGUAUACCUAGAUGAUGACUAAACGCAAAAUCCUUGGGCUUUGGUUUUUUUCUAAUAAGGAUUUUAAAUUACUGCCGACUUCAAAAGUGUUCUUAAAAAGAAAAAUAAUGUUAAGAAAAAUUUGAAAGCUUUGGAAAACCAAAUUUGUAAUAUCACUGUAUUUUUUAUUAAAAAUUUUGAAAUAAAUUUCUAAAUUAUC